AUGCAAUUCACGCACGUUCUCUCCAUCCUCUUCUGGAUCACAGUCACUCCCGCAUUGGCCAGCGUCAUGCUCGAUCGAGAGCACAACGGACUCCAGCAGAUCCCGAUUGGAGGGGAAGAAGUCGAGACUCUGACGUUCCACUUCACAACGACCAGAACGCGGUUCGAGUUUGAGUUCUACACCAAGACCAUGACUCGCGAACAGAUGGCGGCCACUGCACAACCGACGCCGACUGGUUCCAGCCAAGAGCAAGAGGCACAGACACAAUUUAGCGGCAGAAGGACAGACAAAUGCGAUGAGACGGCUUGUGCUAUCUGUACAUGGUACUACGAAUGUGAACGGGGGACUCCGGAGUGGUGA